AUGGCAUCUCACUUUGCCACAAAAGCUCUGCCGCCCCCACCGCUUCGCAUCGAAAAGCGGUCAACAUCUCCCUACGCGACUCAGCCUAAUCAGUUGCACGCCGCGCCUGCACACGCCCACACACAGACAGCCAUGCCCAACGCGGAGUCAUCUCGACAGGCCAUGAUGCCGACGCACAGUAGCGCUGCCAAUGGCGUCGCACGCACCAACAGCGGUCGCUUCCGUAUUCGUGUUCCUUCGCUCACAAAGGCAGCGAGACCAUCAGGAUCUCAGAGCGCAGACCAGGCCUCCUCUCACAACUCUGCUUCAGAUCCUUCCAGCUCGCAAGCAGCCACAAAGGCUUGGCAACCGCGAUGGGCGCCCAAGCUCAAGCGCACCACUCCAUCCGAAUCCGUCACCACCUAUUCUCCCAUCCUCAGCCCUCCCCUUCCACCACUACCCUCAUCGGCUACUUCACCGCCUCCCGCUUUACAGCUCGACGACGCGGGCUUUGGUCGGCCCUUCAGCACAUCUGGCCUGCUUGACAUGAAUGCAUCUCGCUUCUCGUUCCUCGACAUGAGCCUUCGAGACCACGACAGCGACUCGGACCACGAAGGCACGGCCAGUAACUCCCCUUUCCCUCCGCAGGCCCCAACAAUACAUGAACCUCCAGCCAUGGGACAGUCACCGCUCGUUGGAUUCCCCUCGAGUGCCGGCGCUUCCGCUGUACCUCAUUCGGAAGCCUUGUCGAGUACCUCCGGCUCUUAUCGGGCCGAUGCUGGUCAUGACUUGCUCCGCGUUCCGCCAUUGACAUCGCCCAUGUCUGCCGAGGGUUCGCGCAUGACGCUGACAUCGCAGGCGUCGCUUCCCACCUCGUCCCCGGCGCUUGCUUCGCUCAUCAGCUCCUUCCCUUCACCCACCACUCGACAGCCGCCCUCCAUUGCCGAGUCCUUGGGGGCGCACCUGCCUCCCUCCAAACUCCCGCACCCUGACGGCGCUUGGAGUCUCAAAGCCCCGCUCAUGUCCAAAGAGAACAGCUGGGACGGUGGCGAGCGCUGGGAUCUCGAGAAGCCUAAAGCUAGCAGAGUGACGGCCAGUCGCUCCUCAACCGAGCUGCCAUACCUCGACAUGGACGACGAGGACACUGAGGUGCUUGCUUCUGCCCUGCCCAACCCAGCCGGAAAUCUGCCACAAUCUGUACCCGGCCCGACAACGGUAUCGCCGCCACGCAAUCGACAGAUGCGAAACCCACCUCCCGGACCCGCACCGAGCGCCGCCCUUCCCGCCUUGCCCGGCCUGCCGUCUGCCCCAGCGCACGACGAUGCUCAGCGAACGGAAUCCGCUGCCACCGGUGAAGCCACGGACCAGCAUCAGGACGGUGACUUCAAUUCACGCCGUGCCUCUCGACAGCUGCAGAGGCCGCUGAUCUUACCGACCUUGCGCUCCUCUUCCAGCUUCGAUCGGCUGUCCAACAUGCAACAGGCCGCUGGCGGCACAUCCGCAGCCCAACCCUCCAUGGGACCUUCCCCGCCAAGGUCAGGUGGUGUCGGCGCUGACCGCAAAGUUUUGACGCUCUCGCGAAACGCAUCGACGGACGAGCUUGCCCGUUCCCUCGACAUCCCUCGUGACACGGUCAGGCAGAUGCUUGAUACGACUCAGCACGUUUGGCGCAACCAUCUUCUCGGCUCUUCCGCCCUGAACAUGAAGUUUGAAGCCUCCUCUCCGCAAAACCACGAUCAGCUCCCCAGAUCAAGCUCGAGCCCGAUGCUGUCCACGUUGUUUGCGUCUCACAGUGGAUCCGCCGGCGGUGUUGCUCGGGACGAUGGCUCCAGAGUGCCUAGAUCUUCGGCCGGAGGCAUUCCCUACAUUUCUUCUUCCAGACCAUCGUUCGAGCAACAGAGUCCGAGCUGGGCAGUCGUCGGGGAUGCUGCAGAUGGUCAACGAGCCACCUUGCUAGACGCGCGAGCAGAGCGGGCGAAGCAUCGCCGCACGUUCUUGGGUCGCAGCAGCGAAGACGGCCUCACGGCCAACUACAACUUUUCUCGGCCCAUCCGCCGCGAUGCGACCGGCUCGGACCAGGGCUUGGGAUCGAGCGCCAGUAUGCCGUCGCUUGCGGCUGCGAGGCAGGCUCCCAAGCCGCCCGCACUGCUGCAAAGCCCUCUGCUGCUGAAGGGCGAGUCGGAAGCUACCGGGUUUGCCCAAUUCGCUGUUGAUGACGAGGAGGAGGUCUUGGCCGACUCGGCUUCGGAAGCCCACCAACUCUCCUCCGCCGGCCAUGCUCUGCACACGGAGGAACAACACGGUCAAGCCGCUUCGGUGCUUACGUCGAGAUCCGGUCCUUUCGCUCUGCAUAAGCCGAUGCCGGCGCUACCGGGACAGCCUAUGCCGACCUCGCCGAGGCUGGUGCGCCGCAAUUCUGACACAGUGCUUAAUCGUUUCGCUCCCGAAUUCGGCAAGAGAGCGCCGGGUGAGCUUCACGCAUGGAGCGUCUGCAUCGACGACGACGGCAUUCCUGCCAUUCGACCUUCUGCCUCUGCUUUCCACCGCCCGCAAUGUGCCCUCGCUGGCAAAACCAAUGCCACAUGGCAGUGCGGAUGCCGAGCCAGCCACGGCGCUGACCUCGCAGCGACGCCAUCCUCGCAACUCUCGAGAUUCGCCACUCCCGCUCUGACGGUGCUAGGCCAGUCCUCGCCAGGUCGCAAUCGGUCGCUGAGCGCGAGCAGCGUGAUGGAUCCGGCGCGACAGGCGCAGCUGUGGAGCCAGGUGGAGAGGAACAAGGAGCUGAUUCGCAAGCACGAGCAAGAGAUCGCAGGUCUGCAGGAACAGGUGGUGAGGAUCUCGACUGAGAUCGCUUCUGCGCGCCCCUCUUUCUCGUCGACCCUCCGAACGCCGGAGCUGGCAUCCGCAACUAUGAUGCCGUCCCAGUCGUCAAAGCCAGUCGCGAACGUUGUUGCCCGAAAGCCAUUGCCUCAGAUCUCGUCGUCCGAUGCAGAUGGGUCCAGGCCUCCUGUGCCGUCCAAGGUAGAAGCAGCCGAACCCUUCCCAUCGAUGAGCGCGACAGCCAAACCUGGCUCAGCUCUUGCAUCCUCCGAGGGCGUUGCAGGCACACGAACGCUCCGGGGUCGGAUUGCGUCCUUGUCUAAGAUCAAUCUCGCCGGGCGUGAUGAGGAGACGCGCGAGUCGCAAUCGCUGGACCUAGGCCAUUCGCGGUUGCGCUCCUCUUCGUCGACAUCGAGCCUGAACAAGGUGUUCCGAUUCCCAUGGUCGCGCUCCUCGGAGAAAGAGACGGCAUUCCCGCAGCCGACACCAUUCCCUCUGGGCGGACGCCACGCGCAGUCCGGGUCUGUGUCGUUGUCGCGCGACAAGGCGCUGCCCAAUGUGCACAUGCACUCGGCGGAUGUGCAUCGUCCGCUCCCCGCACCGCCUGUUUCGGAGGUGCCGCCAUCCAAGCGAUAUCCUCCAAGCUCGCGCAAGUACUCGUACGACAUGCUGCACGGCCCAACGUUCCAUUCGAGCGUCGGAUCGCGGCAUCUGCGCGGCCGUUCGGGCAGCUCGAAAUCGUCGUCGUUUGGCACGGGCAACAGCAUCUUUUCGUCGGCAGAAAGCAACGACACGCACGAGCCCUCGCGCUUCGCCAGUUUCCCGAGAUUCGGCCGACGAUGGGACUCGAUCUCGUCGCGCGGCACCGUUCCAUCGGCUCGAAACAGUGCGGAUGUGACCAACCUGGUCGGCGCCACGCACGCAUCGACGCCGGCGCUCUCUUCGUACGGCGCUAAACCGUCGGUGGCCACGUCGAGCGAUGUCGAGCUGCCGCCGCGACGAAGCUCGUUGCGAAAGUCGGUCGAGGCUGCUCCGACUCGCUCGCCCAUCCCGAUCGAGUUCCUGCAGGCCAACGAUGCCGGCAUGGCGCCCAUCUCGGAACAGAGCGAGAUGGGCAGUCCAGCAUCGGCGCGCCUGGACACAAUCGCUGCCGAUGUAGAGAUGAGCCCGGCGAGCCUGGCGGGCAUGUCGCCCGCUGGUCCGGCGAGGAUGAGCAUGAGCGAGCGCUACCGCCUGCAAGGCUUGACCGUGCCUGCGCCGUUACCGCUCUCGUCGACGCACGCCUCGUCGCUGGCAUCACCAGCGCUCUCAUCGGCCGUCGAGCCCGACUCGGCCACCAAGGUCGGCGGGCUACCCGUCUCGCCUGUCUCUCCAAGGUCGGCACGAUCGCCUCUGCCUGUUGCGUUCUCGCACGGCUCGCUCACAGUUGCACGACAGGCGUCGAUUAAGCACUAA